AAAUUUAGUUCGUCGUACGUAAGUAGUUCAUGAAUAUUCAUGACAUGUGACCAUUUGUCCGCACUUAAAACCCGUGCGGUCAUCUUUCUGACCAUCGACUCUCGCUAUAGCCUAAAGUAGACACGUGUAUUAUGUCCGAAGAAGAAAUUUCUGCCGUGGAGCCAAUGGACGAAAGUCAACUCUUAAAAGACGACGAAAGUGAUCUUACUACAGCUGAUGCAGUUUCCUUAUUUAACAGUUCAGAGACAGAAAAGUGAGAUUUUAUCGGAGUUCAAAAAGACCCAAGUAAGCUCUGUCAAUACAAACACACACACGUUAGUCAGUGGUCAACCCUCUACAAUUGCUUCCCAGUCUCCGUCAUUUGAAUUCAGACAGGAAGGGAUUAAAAUACAGUUUAAUUUUAACACCGAUCGUAUUUCUUCAUUAAGAAGAAUUGAACAUUUGCUAACUUCCGAGUCACUUGACCAAACUCUUGACCUACAGUCUAUUGUUAAAACUGAGCUUGACACUUUGAACCAGCGAAACAAAAUUCUGAAAAUCGCUGAUCGCCAUGGGUGGGAUACCGUUCACGAAUAUCUGGACGAUCCUCUUGCUGACAAUGUUGAAGAUGCUUCAAAGUUACGCACUGCCGUUUUCAGAGCUAACCGUAAACGUACAGCUAACAAGCCUUACAGCAGAGGUGGUGGCAGAGGAGGUUUCAAUGCUAGAGAAUUUUUUCGUGGCUUCAGCAAAGAAUCUGGACCCAGAAAUGACAACUACAGUCAACAAAACAACUCCCAGCAGCAGUACAACGACGGACUGUGCUUUUACUGCAAAAGACCAGGACACACUGCCCGUUUCUGUCCCUUCAAAGCACGUGCCUUCAGUAGUACCAAGUCAGCACCAGCCACUAUUACAAGUGCUCCAUCCCUGUCUUAAUGAAAAAGUUGAGUAUGAUAUAGAAUUUGAUAGUUAUGAAUAUACCGAUGGCAAUAAGACUGUAAAAAAUCGAUUAAAAGAUCAUAUUCAGUUUUGGGAAGAUAGUUUAAAACCUUCUGAAUUAGUUUUAAGCACUGUAAAAUUUGGUUACGUUAUUCCUUUUAUUCAAGAACCUCCAUCAGUUUAUUUGAAUAAUAACAGAUCAGCAUUUAAUAAUUCCUCCUUUGUUUUGAAAGCUAUUACAGAAUUAAAACUGAAUGGUUGUAUUACUGAAGUUUCAAAUAAACCUUAUGUAAUAAAUCCUCUAACUGUAGCCAUCAGUGAUUCGAAGAAAGAGAGAUUAGUUUUAGAUCUGAGUCAUGUUAACAAAUAUGUACAAAAACAGAAAAUAAAAUUUGAAGGGGUUAAAGAGGCCAAACAAUACGCAAAAAAGGGUUUUUUCAUGCUAAAGUUCGAUUUACGUCAUGGUUAUCAUCAUAUUAAUAUACACCCAGAACAUCAGAAAUUUCUAGGUUUUUCCUGGGUAAUUGAUGGACAAGAAAGAUAUUUUAUUUUCUCAGUUUUACCUUUUGGGCUAUCUUCAGCUGGACAUAUUUUUACUAAAGUUGUUCGUACAUUAGUUAACUUUUGGAGAUCACAAAGUUUCCCGAUUAUUGUGUAUUUGGACGACGGAUGGGCUUGUGACAGUAGGGAAAGAUGUGUACGCAUGUCCAAAUCUGUUUUACAUACUUUAUUGAAAUCUGGGUUUUUACCAAAUUUUGAGAAAUCAAUUUUUUCACCAGUGCAAAAAUUAGACUGGUUAGGUUUUUCAUGGAAUCUGGUAUCUGGCGUUAUUGAAGUUCCCAGAAAGAAAAUUGAAAAAAUACAGUUAAAAAUUGAAAAAAUUCUUUCAGAUAAUCGUUCAACUGCUAGAAACUUGGCAUGUGUUCUUGGUAAAAUCAUAUCUUUGAUCCCAGCUUUUGGUCAGAUUUGCCAAUUGAUGACACGUAAUUUAUGCGUGUCUGUUUGCCAGAGAAAUACUUGGGACUCAUAUUUUGAAAUUUCCACCCAAGUCAAAACCGAACUUGAGUUUUGGAAAAGAAAUUGUAAAUCUAUACCUAAUUUAUUGGUAUGUCCUAUACACAAGAUUCCAGAACGUAUUAUUUUUUCCGACGCCAGUAUGUAUGCUGGAGCAGGUUUUGUCGAUGGUAAUGUUUUACAAAUUGCUCAUUAUAUGUUUAGCGAACAAGAAAGACUAAAGAGCUCCACAUGGAGAGAGUUGAAAUCUGUCGAGUUUAUAUUAAAAAGUAUGUUUGCACAGUUAGCAGGAAAACUUGUAAAAAUUUAUACUGACAAUCAAAAUGUCGUGCAUAUUUGUCGAGUUGGCAGCAUGAAGCCUGAUUUACAUGAACUUGCUAUGAAUAUUUAUACAACUUGCAUAGUUAAUAGUAUCACGAUUGAGGUUGAGUGGAUCCCUCGAUCCGAAAAUGUACAAGCAGAUUACUUAAGUAGAAUUUUUGAUUUUGAUGAUUGGGCUGUGGACGACAGCGUUUUUCUUAUGUUUAAAAUAACAGAUGGGGGAAAUUUACGUUUGACAGAUUUGCAGACGAUAAAAAUCAUAAAAUUGCACGGUUUAAUUCAAAGUUUUGGGUUCCAGGAACUACAGGAGUCGACGCUUUCGCUUUCGACUGGUCAGGAGAAAACAACUGGAUUGUGCCUCCAGUCUGCUUAGUUUGCCGAGUUUUAAAUCAUAUGUUAACUUGUCGCGCAAAAGGUGUAUUGGUAGUUCCUAAAUGGAAGUCUGCUCUAUUUUGGCCUAUGGUUUGGAACAACACAGAAAAUAAAUUUAACGAUUUUAUCACAGAUGUUGUUGAAUUUGAUCGUCCUAAACAUUUCUUUUUAUCUGGUUCAGACAGAGACAGUGUUUUUGCUAAUUCCCCAUUCAUCAGUAGCGUCCUUGUUUUUAAACUUGAUUGUUCAUCGUAGGAGGUCACAUUCCUUUGUACGGUUCAAUGCACAAUUUUACUAUCGGGUGUAAAUUUUUACUACACGGUAAAAUACACGUAUCAAAAUAGGUAAUUACUACGGAAUGGACCCACACGCUUACAUAUGUAUACAUUAUUAGUUCAAAGACAGUGCAACAUGGAGGAAAAUUUCUCAGUUUGCGAAUUCAAAUCAAGAGUUUACCGGAUGUGAAAAAAGCAUUUUCAAUAUUGUGAGAAGCAGUAAAGCAGUUUCUACAAAUAAAAAGUAUGAUGUGUAUUUCAAAAAAUUUAAAGAAUGGUGUAUUUCAUAUAAAGUUAUUCCGUUAC